CUUGGUGAAUUAAUCCGGGCCAGUGGACUUUCGAUUUCGUUCAUUUCUUUCCAAAUCGCAAUAAGAAGGCGAUAAUUACUGGCUCACUGCAUCGUCACUUGGUCGCCACUGUCGUGCUCAUACACCGAAUCGCCACCGGUUGUUUUAUAUGGAGCUAGUUAUAGGUGUUGCCCCACGGCUGGUGGUACGCUGUACGAAAUUUUGGAACCGAUCCAGCAACGUACAGUGUCGUUCGUGAUCUUGAAUCGUAAGCAGCAUGGGCCCUCGCCGCUUAUGGGUGGUUCUUCUCUUGGCUGUGAUUUACUACCUCGAGUGGAUUGCGUGCGCGGUAGGUCCAACGUCGGACAGCGUUGAGGCAGAGCCCGGUCUCGAUUACCAGAAGCUGCUCGCCAAACUCGAGAUAUUGGAUACGAAAAUCACCCGCGUGGAAGUAGCAUCACGAGAGCAGUUUUCAUCACUAGAAUCGAAGCUUGAUAGAAUCAUGAACCUGGUCGAUGGCAUUAGCCAGUCCAUGCAUGCCACCCAAAAAGAUAUCGGAACGGCUAGGGCGGAAAUUCAGUUGUUCCAAAAUGAAUCGCUCGAGCAGUUGGAAGCGCUAGCCGGCAGUGUAUCAAUUAUUGAGUCACUAUUAGUUGAAGGCCACCGACAAAAACAAACACAACCAGUGAGAGGUGAAUCGAUUCGAGUGUUUGCAACUAAACCAACAACUUACGAUAGCUGUGAUUUUGCACCUGGCAAUGUUUCUCGAGUCGAAAAGAUUUUACCCGAUCCAGGGUUUGGAGCGCCUUUCCAAGUAUUCUGUGACCAGGAUUAUGCUGGCGGCGGGUGGAUAGUCAUUCAGAACCGAUUUAAUGGCUCGGUAGAUUUCUAUCGCGGUUGGAAAGAGUAUAAAAAUGGAUUUGGAAAUUUGAAUGGUGAAUUUUGGCUGGGACUCGACAAGUUACACGCUUUGACUUAUUCGGCACCGUAUGAACUGCACGUAUUGCUGGAAGACUUCAAAAAUUCAACUGUAGUGGCUAAAUAUACACAGUUUGCGGUAGGGAAUGAACAUGAAUCGUUUGCUAUAACAAAAUUGGGAGACUAUAGUGGAACGGCGGGGGAUGGAUUAAGCUACCACAGGAACUCAAAGUUCUCUACAAUGGAUAUCAAUAAUGAUGUAGCGGGUAACAAUGGUGGAGUCGAUUGGACGGGCGCAUGGUGGUAUCGCAAAGGACACUUCAGUAAUCUCAACGGUCAAUAUUUGUCAGGAAAGGUUGAUCACACAAAAUUCCACGGGAAAGGAAUGACUUGGAAUCCUUUUAGAGGCGAUGAUUACUCACUGAAAAGGUCAAGAAUGAUGGUAAAACGAAUAUCGAUUUAGUGUUAUAGUUUCUGCACAUACAGACUUGGAACAGGAAGAGCGCACAUCAUGAUACCAAAUACUUUUCAAAAUUUAUUUCAAAAGGAAAUAAAACAUUUACAUCGAUGGAUGAUUUAGCAAAA